AUGAAAUUACUUGUUGAGGUAGGAAGUAGGCUGCUAACUGUGCGAUUCAUCCCAAGCUUGUAUAUCCUGUCACGUCCAGGCGAUUCUCAGUCAAUCAUUGCUCCUAGGGUGUUCAAACCAGCCCCUAGAGGAACAAGAUCUUUUGCUGAAGUUACAAAAGGAACGAAGGAAGUGGCUAAGGUGGUUGCAGCUAGUUUGGAGGGGAUUUCGGAAGUUCUCAAAUGGGCUGAAAAAUCGGUUUUGGUGGGAGAAGUUAGGAAUUACGAAUUAACUUGUAACUACCCUACUUUGUUGGACCUUGAAGGGUAUGAUGUUUUGGAGGCAAAAUUUAUAGGGGGAAUGCAAGUCGCUAUCAAAUUCAGGUCUGAAAGGGUACCACUUUCAGCUUGGGAUGAGUCUAACUUCGCAGCCAUAGCUGGGUGUUUUGGAAACGUUCUGGUCAUCCUAGAGAAAGGUGAAUUCGUCCCAGGGUUGGGUAGCGGUGGGGGGGUGGCGAACAAAUUUCUAGUGGUUGACAAGGAGGGGGUAGUCGAAGAGUUGUGCGUGGAUGUGCAUGAAGGAAAUGAAGAGGUGCAUGGGUUCGAUGGGGAAUUGCCUCAUGAUGACAUGGUUCCCGAGACUGCCAUGGAAAUUAAUGGGAGAAUUAACUCCUCUUGUGGUUCGGAUCUAGGCAAGAAAGGUGGGUCAACCGAUACAAAUUGGGCCAAAUAUGUUGGGCUCCCUCACACUCCUAGGCGUAAUGGUGAAGCGGUCAGUCUAGAUUUUAAAAUCGGGGGUUCUGGGCUCAAAAGAAGGAGAACCAUAUUAAAAGCUCUGUUUUCUUCCUUUGACUCAGGAGUUCGACUUAGAGUUUCCAGGAUCUCUCCUCAUGAUAACUCGCUUUAUCUUAACAGAAGAACUCCUCAAUCUCCAAGCAAUUUUGUGCAUAAUAAUGGUGUUGGUGUCAGUUUUACGGGUAACCCUAAUCCACCUUCUCUUUAUUCUUCUUCUAUGGAGGUGGAUCAAAUAAUCGAGGUGGGGAAACAAGUAGGAUUCUAG